AUGGCAAGUCUUCCAGUAGCUAGAAAGAAGCUGGAGCUCAAACCUGGAGAGCUGCCGAGCUGGAUACUGAUGCAGGUUUUCACCCCCAGUGGCAUUGCAGGAGCCUUUCAGAGAGGGGAUGACUGGUAUUACAAAUACAUCAACGUUCAGAAAGGCAGCAUUUCAGGGAUGAACAUGGCGCUGGCUGCCUAUGUGGUUUUCAGCUACUACAUUUCUUACAAGGAACUCAAACAUGAGUGGCAAUGCAAGUACCAUUGA